AUAACACACAAAGUAUAACCAAAUUCUUGAAUUUAUAAGCAAUGGCUAUUUUCAGGCAAAUUAUAGUCCAACUCUAUAUAUGAACUAAAUUUCAAGAAACAAUACCAUUGAUACCAAAUUCCCAAUGUUCAAAUCCAAAACCCUAAAGAUUUUUCCUUCCAAAUAUGCAAAACUUUGUUAUUCUUCAGCUCCCUCUAUAGCUGAGGCCAACACUCAUCAUCAUCAUCAUCAUCAACUAGUUCUUGAACAAACACCAAUUUCACAAUUUUCUCAUUAUUUUGAUCCAAGAUUCUAUCUUUCUCAACUUAUAAAGUGUAAAAAUCUUUAUCAAGUAAAACAAGUUCAUGCUUCAAUAACAACUAAUGGAUUUCUUGAAAAUCUAAUUGUUGCUAAUAAGCUUCUAUACAUAUAUUGUAUGCAUAAGUCUUUAGAUGAUUCAUAUGCUUUGUUUUGUAGAUUUAAUGAGAAAAACGCUGUUUCUUGGAGUGUUAUGGUUGGUGGGUAUGCUAAAGCUGGAGACUUUAUGAACUGUUUUAGGAUUUUUAAGGAGUAUUUAAGAUCUGGGGUUAGACCUGAUACUUAUACAUUGCCUUUUGUGAUAAGGGUUUGUAGAGAUACAAUGGAUCUGCAAAUGGGUAGAUUGAUUCAUAAUGUUGUUUACAAAUGUGGGUUGCUGUUAGAUAACUUUGUUGUUGCAGCGCUUGUUGAUAUGUAUUCGAAAUGUAAGGUAAUUGGGGAUGCAAAGCAACUGUUUGAUGGAAUGCCUAAGAGGGAUGUUGUGACUUGGACGGUUAUGAUUGGGGCGUGUACGGAGUGUGGGGAUGCGACUGAGGCUUUAGUUUUGUUUGAUCAAAUGAGGGAGGAAGGAGUUGUUCCGGAUAAAGUCGUUUUGGUAAAUGUAGUUAAUGCUUGUGCAAAGAUAGGGGCAAUGCAUAAGGCUAAGUUAGUACAUGAAUAUAUAGUGAAGAACAAGUUUUCGUUCGAUGUUAUCUUGGGUACAGCGAUGGUUGAUAUGUAUGCUAAAUGUGGAUCGAUUGAUGUUGCGAGGGAAGUGUUUGAUGGUUUGAGAGAAAAGAACGUUAUAACUUGGAGUGCGAUGAUAGCAGCUUAUGGUUAUCAUGGCCAAGGAAACAAAGCUGUUGAUAUGUUCCCUAUGAUGUUAAGGACGGGGAUAUUGCCUAACAAGAUCACAUUUGUUUCUCUUCUGUAUGCGUGUAGUCAUAGCGGGCUGGUUGAAGAAGGUAAACAACUUUUCAUUUCUAUGCAGAAAGAGUACGGAGUGAAGCCUGAUAUCAAACAUUUCACUUGUAUGGUGGACCUCUUGGGCCGCGCUGGGAAAAUUGACGAGUCAUUAAAGUUAAUAGAGGAUAUGGCUGUUGAAAAAGAUGAAGGGCUUUGGGGGGCAUUACUUGGAGCAUGUAGAAUUCAUGGCUGUGUAGAGCUUGCCGAAAUGGCAGCAAAAUCGUUGAUUGAACUGCAACCUGAAAACGCAGGGCACUACGUCUUGCUAUCAAAUAUAUAUGCUAAAGCAGGUAAGUGGCAGGAUAUGGCCAAUAUUAGGGAGUUAAUGAGCCAUCAGAGAUUGAAGAAAGUUCCCGGUUGGACAUGGAUUGAAGUUGAUAACAAGAUUCAUCGAUUCAGCGUUGGAGACCACACCCAUCCUCUAUCGAAAGAGAUUUACGAGAAGUUAAAAUAUCUGCUGAAGGAACUAGAGAUUUCUGGUUAUGUUCCAGAUACAAACUUUGUGUUGCAUGAUGUUGAUGAGGAACUUAAGCUUGGAAACCUAUUCUCUCAUAGUGAAAAGUUGGCUAUUGCAUUUGGCCUCAUAAGCACACCUGAACAAUCUACUAUUAGAAUUAUGAAGAACCUUAGAGUAUGUGGUGACUGCCACACAUUCUGUAAGUUUGUUUCUCAGGUUACAAGUAGGGUGAUCAUUGUCCGCGAUGCAAAUCGGUUUCACCACUUCAAAGAAGGUGCCUGUUCUUGCAAAGAUUACUGGUGAUUGGUGAUUAGCUUUAGUUCCAGUCUUAUGAGGUGAUUGGUAUGUCUGUAAUGCUGCUGGAUGUGUGUCGAAUAGUGCAUUUUUUUAGAGGAUCCAACGCGGAUACAACAAUAUUUUUGGAGAUUUUGAGCAACAUAGGAUGAGAGGGGGAUGAAGAAAGUGGACUAAACAGACUCACAUUUCUCAUCGAAAGUAUAGUGAAAAGAAUCAUAUCGAACACACCCCUAACCAAUCCCUUCUUUCGUAGAUCAUGUGUAUUGUAAGUGAUCUGAGCCUGCCUGCAACAAGCCACUUGUCGAGGCAAGUGAAGUUGGCGAGCCGUAUGAUGGACAACUCUAUCCUGCAGUUUGGACAGGACUCCACUUCUAGUUAGUAUCCUCUUGAUUUUGGUAAAUCAUGUGUAUUGGUAGACAAGUUUGGGGGCCAAUGAAGUCAAUCUACUAAUUUCCGAAAAA